UUUUCCUCUAUUUAAAUCCACUUUUCUUUCCUUUUUCCCUAAAUUCUUUUUUUCUUCUCCCUAUUUUCUAUUUUUUUUUUUUUUAAUUCUCACAAAUAUACUUUUGGGAAAAGUAGAUUAAUCUCUGGGUCAGUCUCCGAGAUGAUUUUCUGGGUCGGACUCAACCAGAAGAGACCCAGGAUCAGUGGGGAGGGUGUGAGGGGUGGUGUGGAUCCGGUAAAUAGUAAUAUCCCGUCGUAUUACAUCUGUAUAUUACCACUCGCAUAUACAGCUGUACUUUACGGUUUCUGUAUUAUACCACAACAAUAACUACACCAGAACUACUUAC